CCCUCUUGAAGAAAUAAGAAUAUACAAUGAACGACAACAUGAAAACCCUAGUAAAUAUCAACAGCCAUACACUCACCCAGCAACUCACGCAACUGGAAAAAGCCGUUAAAUCAUUAGCAAACCAAACCAAAUUUCUUGCCGCAACAGCCAGCGCCAUUUCCAAAACAGUUAAUGCACAUGAGAUUGAGCUCCGGGACCUUCACCCAGUAAAAGCUGCGCAUGAUCGGGGCAGAUGGUGUGUGUUGUAUGAGUGGGCAGGAAUCAGGAAUGAUGGGCUACGAGCUCUUUGCGAUGCAGCAGUACACGGGGGCGACAUUACCACCGAUACUCGACUCCUCUCAUCUUUAAUUGACGAAAGCGAGGAGAACGUGGAGGCGUUGAGGGCUGCGUUUCGUGAACAUUAUGGGAUAGAUUUGAAGACUGCUUCGGGGAAUAUUGCAAUCGCGCCCCCGUAUGUUGUUGAAGCCUGUGAUGUGCUCGCGGAUGUGAGAUCCUUGGGCUUCUGGAGAGAGAGUGAACAGCAGCUACGCAGGAAUGCAAUUGAGGACUUGGGUCGACAGAUUGUCAACGACUGGUUGCGCGGCGAGAAACUGGAUGGCCAAAUAUUGCUCAAGUUGCGAACGGAAUAUCGUGGCUAAACAAAAAGCUCCAUAGAAGCUUUUAUACCCCUUCUUGCUCCGUACUUAGUUUCUUAUUGCAUCUAACAAGAUAGCUUAUCUGCCUCCUCUGUUGUAGUGAAGUGCUUGUUGAUUACUUGCUCAUGGUUAGGUGUAGUUAAGAGUACGGA